AUGUCACGCCUUGAAACCCUCCCCUUCGAGUUGCACAUCAUGGUGCUUGAAGAGUGUACCCCACAAGCUCUUCUAGCCUUGAUAUCAGCAUCACCCGUCAGCCUCUACAUCUACAGCGACAAUCGCGAGCGAGUUCUCCAUUCCAUCAGAGAUGUCUCAAAAUUGACUUUGGAAGACCCUGCCGCAAUACUGGCCCAAUCAAUUGUCCGCCUCCGCCUCUAUCACAAGAGAUCCAUAGCCUGGCUUUCCUGGCUGGCCACGUGGAACUUGCUUCCCAGAUUGACCGCCUCCUCGCACGAUUUCAACCGCAUCAGCCCCAGGCAUUCGCCGGCUUGCCCAGCAAGCGUAGCAAGCGACCCUCCAGGACCGAUCUGGCGAGAGCUGGGCCAUUUCCGCCACAAGGAACCAGCAGCCGACACUUGCAAAUUCUACGACUUGACAAUAGGAGGCUGGUCGAAGAAGACGGCUACUGUCGAUACCUGA